AUGUCUACUACUGCCCUUGCCACCGCCUAUGCCGCAAAUCCGUAUCUAAUUUCAAGCCCGCUCGUGACAGCCCCAUAUUUGGUUUCAUGUCAAUACCAAGAUUCCUCACAGAACGCCCAUCGUGUAUUAACAGCCGCACCACCGUUGUUCUAUGAGCAGAUAUUUGUGGACUGCCAGUGUUCCCUGCAGGUUUAUCCAUCUUCUAUUGAGAAAAUGUCUCAGGACCUCGCAACCGCUCUACAAAACUGUAAAGAGGAGCUUGAGACGCUUCUACAAUCCAGCGAUAAACUUAAGGCGGAGAUCACACAACUGCAAGCUACAAUUGGGGGGCUAGUAGAUCCUCAAGAGCUUGAGAUACUCCUACAAACUAUCGAUCAACUGGGGGAGGAGCUUGAGGCGCUCCGAGAAUCCAACGAUCAACUCCAGACAGAGCUUGAGACACUCCAACAAUCUAACGAUCAAUACAGAGUAGAGCUUGACGCUCUCCGACAAUCCAACGAUCAACUCAGGGCAGAGCUUGAGGCUCUCCGGCGAUCCAACCAUCAUCUCAGAGGAGAGUUUGAGACACUCCGACAAACCAAUGAUGAGCUCAGGAGAGAGCUCGCACAACUGAAAUCUACCACGAGGGAGGUUAAGAAACCGUUAGAUUUGGUUAUUGGAUCUUUCCACACCGAUGACAUACGCCCCAGAAACCAGCCAGAGCAUAAGUGCCCAAAGGAAAUUAUCUUCGAAACUCCUUACCCCGAGAAGCCCUCCGGCGUGCUUUUAGGGCUUACUGAUAUAGAUGUAGCGAAUGGGGAUCAUGUCCGGAUCUAUUCCUACACUAGCAACAUACGGAGUGACCGAUUCACGGUUCACUUGGAUACUUGGGAGGUGGCAAAUCUACAUGGUUGUGGUUGCGCGUGGUUGGCAAUUGCAGCAGAUCAUGAUCCAGACUUGCGAUUUGGAGCUGUGGCAUGGGACCAACCCUGGACGACGGUGAUGGAGCGCUUCGCACGAAAAGUCUCUUUCGAGCAUGAGUAUCCUUUCCCGCCAGUGGUGGUGGUGUGGCUAAGUGCUCUUGCCAUGGACAAGAGGACGAACUGGCGGGUCAAGACCUACGCUUCUCAAGUCACCACGGAUGGCUUUACCCUCCACAUCGACACCUGGGGGGAUUCUCUUUUGUACGGUGCCGAGUCCACAUGGCUUGCCUAUCCAGCAGAUACCCCAAGAGUCUUGAGUGGUAGUUUCAACACACUACAGGUGCGAUCGUCGCACCCAGCACGACAGAUAACUACCGGGACUGUUGACUUUGGUAAUACCUUUCAAACGACGCCCCGCGUUUUUGUGGCCUUGAACUAUCUCGAUAUGGAUCAUGUUCGUAACCUGCGGUUCUUCAUGAGACACGCUACGGUCGAUCGAUCGAAGAUGGAUUGGAGUCUUAACACUUGGGACGAUAGCAUCUUGUAUGCUGCAGGCGCUUCUUACAUUGCCAUGGGAUAG